UUCCGCGGCGGCGUAACGUGACUAGAAGCCGCAAUUCACCGGAAGACCAGCGGAAUGGGCGGGGCGCGCGAAGCGACGGGACCCGGAAGUCACCCGGGACGGCGCGUCUGAGUUCUUUAUUUCGGCAUUCGGCUAUUCAGCCUGGCUGGAGUCUGGCGGGCUCCGCGGCGAUCUGCUCUCUCGGUGCUCGACUCACCCGCGCUGCUGCCUCCGCUGAAGGAGGAGCAAAGCUCAAGAUGGCCGACAAAACGCCAGGCGGAUCUCAGAAGGCCAGUUCAAAGAGCCGAUCAUCUGAUGUACAUUCAUCUGGAUCUUCAGAUGCCCAUAUGGAUGCAUCUGGACCCUCAGAGAGUGAUAUGCCAAGUCGAACACGACCUAAAAGCCCAAGGAAACACAAUUAUAGGAAUGAAAGUGCCCGUGAAAGCCUUUGUGACUCUCCUCAUCAGAAUCUCUCAAGACCUCUUCUAGAAAAUAAGCUUAAAGCAUUCAGUAUUGGAAAAAUGAGCACAGCAAAGCGAACUCUAAGUAAAAAAGAACAAGAGGAACUGAAGAAAAAGGAGGAUGAAAAGGCAGCUGCUGAAAUUUAUGAGGAAUUUCUUGCUGCUUUUGAAGGAAGUGAUGGUAAUAAAGUGAAAACAUUUGUUCGAGGCGGGGUUGUUAAUGCAGCUAAAGAUGAACAUGAAACAGAUGAAAAAAGAGGUAAAAUUUAUAAGCCAUCUUCAAGAUUUGCAGAUCAAAAAAAUCCUCCAAAUCAGUCAUCUAAUGAAAGGCCGCCAUCUCUUCUUGUGAUUGAAACGAAAAAACCUCCACUGAAGAAAGGGGAGAAAGAAAAGAAAAAAAGCAAUUUGGAACUUUUCAAAGAGGAACUAAAACAAAUUCAGGAAGAGCGUGAUGAGAGACAUAAAACCAAAGGCAGGUUAAGUCGAUUUGAGCCUCCUCAGUCAGAUUCUGAUGGUCAGCGACGUUCUAUGGAUGUGCCUUCAAGAAGAAAUCGAUCAUCUGGUGUUCUUGAUGACUAUGCACCUGGCUCACAUGAUGUAGGAGAUCCAAGUACCACUAACUUAUACCUUGGAAACAUUAAUCCACAGAUGAAUGAAGAAAUGCUGUGUCAAGAAUUUGGAAGAUUUGGACCAUUAGCUAGUGUAAAAAUUAUGUGGCCUAGAACUGAUGAAGAACGAGCAAGAGAAAGAAAUUGUGGCUUUGUGGCUUUUAUGAAUAGAAGAGAUGCUGAAAGAGCUUUAAAAAACUUAAAUGGAAAAAUGAUUAUGUCUUUUGAAAUGAAGUUAGGUUGGGGUAAAGCUGUACCUAUUCCUCCACAUCCAAUAUACAUUCCGCCUUCUAUGAUGGAACACACACUCCCCCCACCUCCAUCCGGACUGCCUUUUAAUGCGCAGCCUAGAGAGCGGUUAAAAAACCCCAAUGCUCCCAUGUUACCACCACCUAAAAACAAGGAGGAUUUUGAGAAGACUCUGUCGCAAGCCAUAGUCAAAGUGGUUAUCCCAACAGAAAGGAAUUUGCUCGCCCUGAUACACCGAAUGAUAGAAUUUGUUGUGCGUGAAGGGCCAAUGUUUGAAGCUAUGAUUAUGAACAGAGAAAUCAACAAUCCUAUGUUCAGGUUCUUAUUUGAAAACCAGACACCAGCCCAUGUCUACUACAGGUGGAAGCUUUAUUCUAUUCUGCAGGGAGAUUCUCCAACUAAAUGGCGGACAGAAGAUUUUCGUAUGUUCAAAAAUGGAUCUUUUUGGAGGCCACCACCAUUAAAUCCAUACCUUCAUGGGAUGUCAGAAGAGCAAGAGGCGGAGGCCUUUGUGGAGGAGCCUAGUAAAAAGGGAGCACUGAAGGAAGAACAGCGGGAUAAAUUAGAAGAAAUCUUGCGAGGAUUAACGCCAAGGAAAAAUGAUAUUGGAGAUGCUAUGGUUUUCUGUCUUAAUAACGCUGAAGCUGCUGAAGAAAUAGUGGAUUGCAUUACUGAGUCGCUGUCCAUCUUAAAGACACCUCUUCCCAAGAAGAUUGCCAGAUUAUAUUUGGUGUCUGAUGUUUUGUAUAACUCUUCAGCCAAAGUUGCCAAUGCUUCAUAUUACAGGAAAUUUUUUGAAACAAAGCUAUGUCAGAUAUUUUCAGACCUCAAUGCUACUUACCGUACAAUUCAAGGCCAUUUACAAUCUGAAAAUUUUAAGCAACGGGUAAUGACCUGCUUCAGAGCCUGGGAAGACUGGGCAAUCUAUCCAGAACCAUUUCUGAUCAAACUUCAAAAUAUUUUCUUAGGACUUGUAAAUAUCAUUGAAGAAAAGGAAACAGAGGAUGUGCCAGAUGAUCUUGACGGUGCUCCCAUUGAGGAAGAGCUUGAUGGUGCGCCUCUGGAAGAUGUGGAUGGGAUUCCCAUCGAUGCCACUCCCAUUGAUGAUCUAGAUGGAGUCCCUAUAAAAAGUCUUGAUGAUGAUCUGGAUGGAGUGCCUUUGGAUGCAACUGAAGACUCAAAGAAGAAUGAACCCAUAUUUAAGGUAGCCCCGUCAAAAUGGGAGGCUGUAGAUGAAUCUGAAUUGGAAGCACAAGCUGUAACAACUUCUAAGUGGGAGCUGUUUGACCAGCACGAUGAGUCAGAAGAAGAAGAAAACCAAAAUCAAGAAGAAGAAAGUGAAGAUGAAGAAGAUACUCAGAGUUCCAAGUCGGAAGAACAUCAUUUAUAUUCCAACCCAGUCAGAGAAGAGAUGACCGAGUCUAAGUUCUCCAAGUACUCUGAAAUGAGUGAAGAGAAACGGGCUAAGCUUCGUGAGAUUGAGCUCAAAGUUAUGAAGUUUCAAGAUGAAUUGGAAUCUGGAAAGAGACCUAAAAAACCAGGCCAAAGCUUCCAGGAGCAAGUGGAGCACUACAGGGAUAAACUGCUACAGCGAGAGAAGGAGAAAGAAUUAGAAAGAGAACGAGAAAGAGACAAAAAAGAUAAAGAAAAAUUGGAAUCCCGAUCCAAAGACAAGAAGGAGAAAGAUGAAUGUACUCCAACAAGAAAAGAAAGGAAAAGACGACACAGUACUUCUCCCAGCCCAUCUCGAAGUAGCAGUGGUAGGCGAGUGAAGUCCCCAUCACCAAAAUCAGAACGUUCAGAACGGUCAGAAAGAUCUCAUAAAGAAAGCUCACGGUCCAGGUCAUCUCACAAAGAUUCUCCUAGAGAUGCUAGUAAAAAAGCCAAAAGGUCGCCUUCUGGUUCAAGGACACCUAAAAGAUCUAGGCGGUCUCGGUCUAGGUCGCCUAAGAAAUCAGGGAAGAAAUCCAGAUCCCAGUCCCGGUCUCCACACAGGUCUCAUAAAAAGUCAAAGAAAAACAAACAUUGACAUAUAUUUUUAAGAUGCUGUCACUUAUUGGAAAUGCAAGUUUGUUUUGUGCCUGAAUGGUCUGUUUGUUUUUUUGUUUGUUUGUUUGUUUUUUUUUUAAUAAAAAAAC